AUAUUUCAUCUUAAGGAAAGAUAAAUCUUUGGUGUCUUUUUAAGCAAACCUAUCCUGCCACUCUAAAAACAGGUAGUCUAGUUAGAGGUUCAAAGGAAUACUUACUCAUUUUGGGGCUACAUGGAGGCCAUGUGGUUUCCUUGGUUAGAAAGGUGUUUCUUUUGAAGAUUUCAGGGACAUAUCUGUUUACUUUCUGUUUAAAGCUGUUGCCAUGGGGAUCUAUGUACCUCUCAUAUCUCAACUGCUACUAGUAAUAAAACAACAGCUAGGGGCAGACUGUUAACUGAAUAAGGUUAUAACAGACAGUACUAGAAAACACUGGGGUUGUUGCAGUGAUGAUCUGUAUGGGAACUAUUGAUCACGUCCUGAAUCUCUGAUUGACCACCCGAGGCAAGCAAUGAGUCAGCCAUGGGAGCACAGGUGAAGGCAAUUCAUCUGUGCUACCAGAAGGGGUGGAGCCUGGCUCCACCUCUCCUAGACCCAUUUAAGUGCUGAUUGCCACCACAGAAGGAUCUCCUUCUGGAGAUUGCUCCUUGUGGAGUUUUACUGUGAGCUUACAACAUCUGAUUUAUAAUCAUCAGAAGUAUCUUUGCCUCAGUUUCUGAAGCACAAAGAUGUUGAUGCUACCAGCGAUUAUCUGCUGAUGGAAAACAUAUGUGUGCUCAUCACAGACAGAAGAGAGAUCCUGCAAGAGAGAUAAAUACUAUCAGCACAUCACAUUUUCCAUUCAUGGUUACCCUUCAAGACUCUGCUAGCAGUGGGCCAGAGCUCUUGGUUUUGCAAUACCCCACAGAUGCCAGUGUGCUCCUUAACUCCACUGUGUGGAUGCUAUGUGUCUUUGAAUACCCCAAGGAGGAGAAUGAGGAGCCAGUUGUGUACUGGAGGAAGGGCCCCAGCUGUGACAACCAGCAGAGUCUUCGGUCAAGUUCAGGAGCAGGAAGGCCACGCGUACACAUUAUCAAGGACAUAUUCAGGGGAUUCUCUAUCUUAAAACUGAGCAAUGUUGACAAGAAUGACAGCAACUCAUAUUUCUGUGAUGUGAUACUAACCCAGAAAACCCAUGGCAAAUGUGGAAAUGGAACCAAGCUGACAGUGCACGGUAAGAGAUUUCACGUGCAAAAACUGUGUAAGAUCAGAACCCACCUGGUGGUGUUGGUUCCUUCUUCUCGGAUACACUCUCUUUGUCACCACAGUUAUCAUAGCUUUUGGUAUUCAUCACUGCUGUAAAAAGUGGAAGAAUGAUUCAAGAAAUACAGAUAGCAGCACUACCCUGCCAAGUGAAUGGAUUUAUGAGAAGCCACCCAAACCAGUUAAUAAUGGGUCUAACCAAGAAUAUGAAGAUAUGUCACUAAUAAGAACUUUCAGUCACAUUGAAAGGAAAGUGAUAUGAAAAACAAGCCUCACAGUUGUAACUGUAAUGCUAUGAGCAUGUGAAUGAUGUGUACUAUUUCAGGAUACAGAAGAAACAUACACACAAGUCAUUUUGUGAACUUGGAAUCUUCUUUGUUCAAGAUGUUUUCAUCUAUUCAUGUAUUUACUUCAAAACUAAUGAAAUCAAUUCUCUAUGCAGCUACAAAUGCAAUGAUAUUUAGAGUGCACAGCUACCACAAAAACAGUGAUAAAGCUAUUAAUAUAUUAAUAUUUCAAUGCCAAGAAAGCUGAUCAUGCAUGCUGAUAUAUUUCUUUUUCCAUUUCAAACUCAAGGACAUGUAGAAUUUUGUUUUUAUCUGAGUUAAGACAGCUUUGCUUCAUCAAAGCAACGGCAAAUUCUGUAUUACAGUACCUGUCUGUUGCUGAGAUAAAUUUAAAAAAAAGAUUUUGUCAUAGAGGAGUUUCUCCUGAUGUACUGCCUGACCUUAUUUCCAGCUCCUUAUCCUGCCCUCAUAUUUAUACAUCCCUGCAACUACUUCUACUUUUGGCUGUGUAGCCAGCUGUGCUACUGAUAUAGUGCACAUUUGUACAUGCCUCUCUCAAAAGAAUGAAAAUACUGAAUAUGUUUUUAAUAGUUACAAUUUCUGAAGAAAACAUAAUAAUUACUGAUGAAGAGCUUGACUUUGUUGUUCUUCUUCUGGCAUAUCUAACACAGCGUAAGCUAUUUGGAUUAAAAAUAUCUUCAAAAGUUGUUUUAAAGUACUUAGGAUGCUUUUAGAGUCCAUGUAAACAGCAACAAUAGAAUUAAACUUCAUAGAAAGAGCUUACCAUAAUUUGCAUAAUAAUUAAGUGCUCAGAGAAAGUUGUGCCUUGGAAUAGUUAUGUACAUGUGACUUGAGAGAAGUUAAUACUUUAACAAACUCUAUUUGAGUUAUUGAAUUUUUCUUUUUUCCACAAAUGAUUAAAUAUUAUAAGCU